AUGGUCAUCGGCAACAUCUAUGUAAUUUCCGCCGUCGCCGUCGUCGGCGGUGCCCUCUUUGGUUUCGAUAUCUCGUCGAUGUCGGCCAUCUUGGGUACCAACUCCUACAAAUGUUAUUUCAACCAAGGUCCCAGGGGUCCUCCGUUCAACGAUGAUGCCGAGUGCUCUGGCCCAGAAUCGCUGCGACAGGGUGGUAUCACUGCUGCUAUGCCCGCUGGUUCCUGGCUGGGUGCCCUGAUUUCUGGUUUCCUCUCGGAUAUCCUUGGUCGUCGGUAUGCCAUUAUGAUUGGCUGUAUCAUCUGGCUCAUCGGAUCAGCUAUCUCUUGCGCUUCACAAAACAUGGGUAUGCUGAUCGCGGGUCGUAUCAUCAACGGCUUGUCUGUCGGAAUCGAGUCUGCCCAGGUUCCCGUUUACAUUUCGGAACUCUCGCCGCCGUCAAAGCGUGGUCGUCUGGUUGGUUCACAACAAUGGGCUAUUACUUGGGGUAUUUUGAUCAUGUACUACAUCUCCUUCGGUUGCUCAUACAUCGGCGGCAAAAACUCCUGGGACUACAGCACUGCCAGCUUCCGGAUUCCGUGGGGUGUCCAGAUGGUUCCCGCCGUCUUCCUUUUUGUUGGCAUGCUUUUCCUCCCCGAGUCGCCCCGUUGGUUGGCGCGCAAAGAUCGUUGGGAAGAAUGCCACUCUGUUUUGACGUUGGUUCAUGGCAAAGGUGACGCCAACAGCCCUCUUGUGAUCACAGAAAUGCAGGAGAUUCAGGACCUGUGCGAAUUCGAGCGACAAAACAAGGACGUGACAUAUUUCGAGCUGUUCAAGCCCACCAUGCUCAACCGUACUAUGAUCGGAAUGUUCACUCAGAUCUGGUCCCAGUUGACUGGAAUGAACGUUAUGAUGUACUAUAUUAAUUACGUUUUCCAAAUGGCUGGAUACUCCGGUGAUGCCAAUCUGAUCGCCUCCUCGAUCCAGUACAUCAUCAACGUUGUCAUGACUAUCCCAGCUCUGCUUUGGAUGGAUCGUUGGGGUCGUCGUCCGACCUUCUUGAUUGGCUCUGCAUUCAUGAUGGUCUGGAUGUACGCCAACGCAGGUAUCAUGGCAUCAUACGGUACACCUGUCCCGCACGACCAAAGAAACACCCCCGAGCAAUCCAUGAGCCUGACGGGCGCCCCGGCCAAGGGUCUGAUUGCAUGCACCUAUCUCUUCGUCGCCAGUUACGCAGUUUCCUUUGGACCAGCCUCAUGGGCCUACCCACCCGAGCUCUACCCCCUGCGCGUGCGUGGUAAGGCUGUGUCGCUGUCCACCUCAGCCAACUGGGCCUUCAACACUGCUCUUGGACUCUUCGUGCCCGUUGCUUUCGAGAACAUCAGCUGGAAGACGUACAUUAUCUUCGGCGUCUUCUGCACAACCAUGCUGAUCCACAUUUUCUUCAUGUUCCCCGAAACAGCCGGCAAGACCCUCGAAGAGACGGAGCGCAUCUUCACCGAUCCGAACGGUAUCCCGUACAUCGGUACACCAGCGUGGAAGACCACAAAGUCGACUGCUGUCGUUGCUGCGUUGGAGCGUGGAGAUGUCGAGGCGGCUUUGGAGAGGAAACAGGUGGCUGCGCAGCAUGAUGAGGUUGUUGAGACUGAGAAGUCUGAGAAGAAGGGGUGA